AUGGAUAACAAUCAUGUGGGAAUCAAUGUGAAUAGCGUUGUUUCCAAGAUGAAUAUCUCUGUCAGCGACGGGGUAGCAAAGAAACUCCAACUAUUUUUUUUUAGCGCAAUGGAUAUGUUAUAUGGAAAACCCAUAACACCAAUCUUGUCUUAUGACAUAGACCUCAUGGUCGGUUUGGCACUGCUCUUAGCCCGGUGGCGGCAUGGUAACCCCAACAAUUUGAAAACCAAAGAGUUGGACAAACACUUUUCUCAAGGCCCGCGUAAGUUCUCCUACUCUGUCUUUCGUGCUGCAACGAAGAACUUCAACAAUGAUCAAAUGCUUGGAAAAGGAGGGACAAGUCUACAGAGGCAUCUUGUCUCCAUCAAAGGAGACUGUGGCAGUAAAAGAAUAUCGCAAGUCUCCAAACAAGGGCAAAAGGAAUAUAUUUCAGAAGUGAGUAUAUUCUCUAAACUGAGGCAUCGGAACCUUGUGCAGCUCCACGGAUGGUGCCAUGAAAAGGGCUGCCUGCUUCUUGUCUACGAAUUUCAGCCAAACGGAACCUCUGCUCUUCUAUAUCUUCAUGAAGAAUGGGAUCAACGUGUUGUGCACAGAGAUAUAAAGGCUAGCAAUGUAAUGUUGGAUGGAAAAUUCAUAGGAAAGUUGGGGGAUUUAGAGCUGGCAAGAGUGGUGGAACGUGAGCGUGCAGUCUCGGACACAACAAUGCUGGCAGGCACAUUUGGGUAUCUUGCACCUGAAUGUGUGGUUACCAGAAAAGCAAGCUUAGAAUCAGAUGUCUUCAAUUUUGGGGCUGCGUGCCUAGAAAUUGCCUGCGGAAGGAGGGCUAUGGACCGGAGCCUGGAUGAUCAUAAUUGGAGAUUAGUCGAAUGGGUUUGGGACUUGCAUGGAAAGGGCAAGAUUUUGGAAGCCACAGAUGCAAAGCUGGAUGGAAAUUUCAAUGGUGAGGAGAUGGAGAGCGUAUUAUUAGUGGGAUUGUUGUGCUCUCAUCUGGAUCCCAAAGCAAGGCUGAGCAUAAGACAGGUGAUAGAUAUCCUGAAAAUGAAAGCUCCACUCCCUCCUCUUCCUUUGAGUUAUCCAAAACUAGUGUACACUACCUCUCAUGGUCCUAUCAAUUGA